AUGACGCUCACGAACGGCCCGGAUAUCGGGGACUUCCACCCCGUGGCUUCCCUUAUGAGCCGGGCCACAGACCCCUUGCUUUCGGCGUCCGCUGCGAGAGAGGUUGCGUCUUCGGGGGUCCGAGGCGCGGUUGCUGCUGCAAGCAGCAGUUUUGUGGCAGACGACCCUUUUGCGUCGCUACGUGAUCGGAUGAACUCAGCCGCUGGGGGUGCAGAAAGCGAGACCAAGAAGAAGCUGGCCCCCAUGCCCCAGGAUGUGGCCGUCAUCCCUGACAAGGACGAGGAUGACCCGCUGACGGACGAGGAUUGGAAACGCAAGGCGAUCAAGGACGUCCAGCAUCUACGUGACAUUGCAUCCAUCGCGGAUCUGUACAUCGCCAUGUCGAACCUGGAGAAGCGCAAAGCACGUGGUCACCCAGAGGAAUACCGCAUCACGGACCCGAAAGAGGCUGCGCAAGCGUUUGCUGACAUGGCUGACUCGGCGUACCGCGUCAUGGCGGGCCCUCCCCUUGUUGGCUUGUAUAGCUUCUCGAGCGGCACCGUGAGGGAAUUUAGGCGGAAGAUGUCCAAGACGGAGCUGCACCUGGGCUUCCUGGCUGAGAUCUUCACGGGCUUCAGCUUCACCAAGGCGGCCACCAAGCAGCUCGACGGCAUCCUUACCAACUUCAUUAAGUCCCUGGGUGACAUCAGCGUCAGCACCGAGAAGACCAACAACUCGGUCGACCAGACCAUCCGCAUCCACCAAACCAUCGCCAUGAACAUCACAGGUGACGACGAACGGGCGAUCUGGGUCUACCAGCCGCGGACGCGCAUCAUCUACAUGCACGUUGACGGCAGCACCUGGAAAUGGGCCACCAACAAGGCCAACCACGAGGAGAGCACCUUCUACAUGAACUAUGUUGUCGUCGACUGUGACCUCAAUGUCAACAAAUGGCUCGGGGCCAAAGCCCAGCUCGAGGCCAUCUUCAAGGAAGUCACCAGCAAGACUUUCGCGGACUACGGGAAGAUGAGGUAUCCUUCUCCGAUAGACUCGACCACCAAGUAA